AUGAGAGGGCGGAAGACUUCAGACGAAAGCAUCUCUGAUAUUCCAGAUUAUCAGCAGGAAGAGGUAAGCAUUGUGGAAGAUACAAGCGACGUUGACGAGCAAACCACCACAAUACGCGAGAUAAGAGUAAGGGGUGCAGGAUAUCAAUGGGGAGAGGCGUAUAAUAUUUCAAAACCAGCAAACGAACUGAAUGAAAAUGCCGCGAAGGCCAGGAGAAGCAGCAUCGAUAAAACGAAAGAAAACAUCAGGAAGGAAAGUAUUGGGGAGAACGAGGAGAAAGAGGAAACAUCAAUAGAAAUAAGCGACUAUGAUUUUGGAGACGAAUACGAGGAAAGCGAGUACGAGUACGAUAUAUCCAUAUCGACAGAUAAUGAGGAAGAAUGCGAAAGAAAUCGAAAGGAAGAAGGAAGACAACUAGAGACAACAAAUCAAGAGAGAACAGAGAAUGAAAACGGACCACACGAAAAGAACACAAGACAGGAGGUGAAGGAGGAGGAGGUGGACAAGGACAAGAAGGAGACAGAGCAGGAGCAGGUGAAGGAGGCAUCAAGCAUGAGGGGGACGGGGCAUAAAGACGAAGAUACAUCCGCCAGCGUAGCACCCGUCUACGUCUACGCCACCUCAGCCGCUCCAGGCGCAACAGCCGGCGCAGAAACUUUGCCAGACCAGUCAAACAUCGACAGGCCCAUCACAGAGCCACAGCUGCCGCCGACGCCGCCGCCGUCGCUGUUGCUGCCACCACAAGCUCCCAAUAUCGCCGACUUACAGUCAGACGAGGAAGCAGUGGACAGGCUGGAGUCUAUCCAAAGCACUCAUGAACUUGCAAAUGAAGCUUCCUCCGGAGACAAACAGAGUGAGGAGCAGGAGAAGGCGGACGUGCCUGCGUCCGGAAGACAGUCAAAACUACUGGAUGCCGUCCAUGUGGAUGAUAAAACUGAUACCGACGACGUCCCAGUUGCUGUCACACCUAUGAGCAAAGGGGAGACGCCGCCUCUGAUGACAGAGGACGGAGAGCCUGAGCGGGCGGUGUAUAUUCCAAGCAUGAGUGCAGGGGAUCAAGAUGCAGCUACCAAAGUCGACGCCAAUUCAGCUGCUGGAAUCUCAACCGCCGCCGCCUCAGAUGUCACGGUGACAGUCGAGCAGAACAUCGACCGGUCGAUCGCCGUGCCAGAGUUGCCGAGGCUUCUGCCGCCACCAAAAUAUUCCAGGAUAGCCGACUUACACUCAGACGAGGAAGCAGUGGACAGGCUGGAGCCUAUCCAAAGCAUUCAUGACCUUGGAACUGAAGAGUUCCCUGGAGACAGACUGAGUGAGGCGCAGGAGGAGGUGGAUGUGCCUGCGUCUAGAAGACAGUCAAAACCACUGGAUGACCAGCAGGGUGAUGAGCAAGCGGAUACCGGCCACGUUCCAGAUGCAAUCAUGCCCAUAAGCGUAGAGAAGUUGCCGCCUCUGGAGACGAAGGAGGGUGUACAGGAGCUGACAACGGACACUCCAAGCAUGAGAGUGGCGGAUGAAGAUGCAGCUGCCACAUUUGCCCCCGACAUUCCUGCCGCCGCUUCCGUCGUUUCAGCCGCUCCAGACACAACCACCCCCGAGCACGGCACGGUGGCGGACGAGUCGAACAUCAGCAUGUCGAUCAUCGAGCCACAACUGCCGCCACAUGUUCCCGUUACCGCCGACCUACACUCAGACGAGGAAGCAAUAAACAGGCUAGAGCCUAUCCAAAACAUGCAUGGACUUUCAGCUGACGAGCCCCCUUCAUACAAACUGAGUGAGGAGCAGGAGGAGGUGGACGUGUCUGUGUCAAAACCGCUGGAUGACAAGCACCACGAGGCUGAGCAAGCGGAUACCGGCUACGUUCCAGAUGCAAUUCUACCUAUGAGCAUAGAAGAGUCGCUGCCGCUAGAAGAGGAGGAGGAGGAGGAGGAGGAGGAGGAGGAGAAGCGCCAGCAGAAACAUGCGGAGGAGACUCCCAGUAUGAGGGAAGAGGGUAGAGAUGCGACCGUCACAUCUGCUCACGCCACCACGCUUACCCCUGCCCCCGCCGCCGUCGUCGACGCCGCAGCCUCAGCUGCAUUAGCCGCAGAUGCCACGGUGACGGACGAGUCAAACAUUGACAGAUCGAUCAUCGAGCCUCAGCUGCCGUCGCCGACGCCGACGCCGACGCCGCUGCCGCUGUUGCUGCCACCACCACAAGCUCCCUAUAUCGCCGACAUACAUUCAGACGAGGAGGUAGUCGACAGGCUGGAGCCUGUCCAAAGUAUACAUGACCUUGAAAGUGGAGGGCCCCCUUCAGACAGACUGAGUGAGGAGCAGACGAAGGUGGAUGUGCCUGCGUCCAGAAGACAGUCGCAACCACUGGAUGACCACCACGAGGCUGAGCAAACAGAUAACGGUCAAGUCCCAGAUGCAAUCAUUCCUAUGAGUAUCGAUGAGCCGCCGCUUCUAGAGACGAGGGAGGGUGCGCAGAAGCAGGCGGAUGCGACUCCAAGCAUGAGAGUGGAGGAGGAAGACGCUGCUGCCAACUAUGUAGCAGCAUCCGCAGCCGCAGCCACGUUAAGUGACGAGUCACACAUCGAAGGAUCGAUGCCGGUGGCACAGAUGCCCCUGCGGCAGCCGCCGCCGCCACAAGCACCAUCUCCCACCGAUGUACACUUAGACGAGGAGUCUAUCCAAAGCAUUCGUGUCCUUGUAAACGAAGAGCUCCCUAGAGUCAGACUGAGGGACCAGCAGGCGACGGCGGACAUGCCUGCGUCCAGAAGACAGUCGAAAUCGCGGGAUCACCAUCACGUUGAUGAGCAAGCUGAUACCGACUACGUUCCAGAUGCUAUCAUGCCCGUGAGCAUAGAGGAGUUGCCGCCACUGCAGACGGAGGAGAGUAAACAGGAGCAGACAAAGGAGACUCCAGGCAGGAUAGUGGAUGAUGAAGAUACAGCAGCCACAACUGUCCCCGGCAUUCCUGCCGCCGCCUCCGCCGUUUCAGCCUCUCUAGUCUCUACCACACCCGAAGAUGUCACAGUGACGGACCAGUCGAAUAUCAACGUGUCGAUCAUCGAGCCACAGCUGCCGCCAUAUGUUCCCGCUACCGCCGACCUACACUCAGACCAGGAAGCAGUGGACAGGCUGGAGCCUAUUCAAACCAGGCAUGGACCUGCAGUUGACGAGCCCCCUUCAAACAGACUGAGUUGGGAACAGGAAGAGGCGGACAUGCUUGCAUCCAGAAGACAGUCAAAACCACCGGAUUACCACCAUGAGUCUGAACAAGCGGAUACUGGCCACGUCCCAGAUGUUAUCAUACCUAUAAGAAUAGAGGAGUCGAUGGCUCUAGAGGGGGAGGAGGAGAAGCGCGAGCAGAAGCAGGCGGAGGAGAUUCCAAGCAUGAGAGAGGAGGAUAGAGAUGCAGUAGUCAGAUCUGCCCCCGCCACCACGCUUGCCCCCGUCCCCACCGCCGCCGUCGACGCCGCAGCCUCAGCCGCAUUAUUCGCAGAUGCCACGGUGACGGAUGAGUCAAACAUCGACAGGUCGAUCAUCGAGCCACAGCUGCAGCCACAUGUUCCCGCUACCGCGGACCUACAUUCAGAGGAGGAAGCCUUGGACAGUCUGGAGUCUAUCCAAAACAGGCAUGGACUUGCAGCUGACGAGACCCCUUCAGACAGACUGAGUUGGGAGCAGGAAAAGGUGGACAUGCCUGCGUUCAGAAGACAGUCAAAACCACCGGAUUACCACCAUGAGUCUGAACAAGCGGAUACUGGCCACGUCCCAGAUGUUAUCAUACCUAUAAGAAUAGAGGAGUCGAUGGCUCUAGAGGGGGAGGAGGAGAAGCGCGAGCAGAAGCAGGCGGAGGAGAUUCCAAGCAUGAGAGAAGAGGAUAGAGAUGCAGUAGUCAGAUCUGCCCCCGCCACCACGCUUGCCCCCGUCCCCACCGCCGCCGUCGACGCCGCAGCCUCAGCCGCAUUAGUCGCAGAUGCCACGGUGACGGAUGAGUCAAACAUCGACAGGUCGAUCACCGAGCCACUGCUGCCGCCGCCGCCGCCGCCGCCGCCGAAGCCGCUGUUGCUGCCACCACCACAAACACCCAAUAUCGCCGAAUUAAAUUCAGACGGGGAAGCAGUGGACAGGCUGGAGUCUAUCCAAAGCAUUCAUGAUUUUGCAAAGGAAGCUCCCUCCGGGGACAGACUGAGUGAGGAGCUGACGAAUGUGGAUGUGCCUGCGUCCGGAAUACAGUCAAAACUACUGGAUGACCACCAUGUGGAUGAUAAAUCUGAUACCGGUCACGUCCGAGCUGCUGCCACACCGAUGAGCAAAGGGGAGUCGCCGCCUCUGGAGACGGAGGAGGGUGAGCAGGAGCAGGCGAAUGCGACUCUAAGCAUGAAGGCGGAGGGGGAAGAUGCAGCUGCCACAUCUGCCCCCGGCAUUUUUGCAGCUGCCGUCUCCACCGUUUCAGCCGCUCCAGUCUCAACCACCUCCGCAGAUGCCACGGCAACGGACGAGCCAAAAAUCGACAUGUCGGUCACCGAGCCACAGCUGCCGCCACAUGUUCCCGCCACCGCCGACCUACACUCAGACGAGGAAGCAAUGGACAGGCUGGAGCCUACCCAAAACCUGCACGGACUUUUAGCUGACGAGCCCCCUUUAGACAGACUGGAUGAGAAUCAGGCGACGGCGGAUAUGCCUGCGUCCAGAAGGCAGUCAAAACCACUGGAUGACCAGCAGGACAAUGAGCAAGCAGAUACCGGCCACGUUCCAGAUGCUAUCAUGCCCAUGAGCAUAGAGGAGUCGCUACCCCUAGAGCAGGAGGAUGAGGAGAAGAAUCGCGAGCAGAAGCCGGUGGAGGAGACUCCAAGUAUGAGGGAAGAGGAGAGAGAUUCAGUCGCCAGAUCUGCUCCCGCCCCCACGCUUGACCCCCCCGCCACCGCUGCCCCAGCCGCAUCAGUCGCAGAUGCCACGGUGACGGACCAGUCAAACAUCGACAAAUCGAUCACCGAGCCACACCUGCCGCUGCAUGUUCCCGCUACCGCCGACCUACACUCAGACGAGGAGGCAGUGGACAUGCUGGAGUCUAUCCAAAGCAUUCAUGACCUUGCAACUGAAGGAGCCCCUGGAUACAGACUGAGUGGGGAGCAGGAGAAGGCGGACAUGCCAACGUCCAGAAGACAGUCUAAACCGCUGGAUGACAGCCAGCAGGAGCAUGAACAACCGGAUAAUGGCCACGUCCCAGGUUCUGGCAGACCCAUGUCCAUCGUUGUGUCCUUGUGUCUUCGCAGUUCUAUGAAUGAUUCUUCCGAAUAA